CAGCAGCAACAGCAACAGCAACAGCAUGCGUUUGUGCCCCAGUCUGUGCCCGAGCAUCACCAGAAUGCCGAGUUCAACUAUGUCAAGCGUCAUCAUCGCAAGACGAGCAUCGAUGACCGCCGCACAACUCGCAAGCGUCCUGCUGAUUUCUCUCCGCAUGUCGCUGCUGUCAACAGCCAUGCCCACGAGUUGGAGCCGGAUGCCAACCUGGGUGACUACUCCCUCGAUACUCCCCACCAGGUGAACAUGCAGCAGCAUCACCAGCAGCAGCAGCCGCACCCCAGCCAACAGGGCGUCCCCUUUGCUCUGGACUCGUUCAUGGAGAACGACCCAAUCAUCAGCUCGGCCGGUCCCUUCCAGCAGAACUUCUUCUCGCCGGGCACGUCGCCCAUGGUCGCCAACGGAGGGUUCCCAAACCUGUACAAUGGCAACUCGGGACCCUCGAAUGACAUGUAUUCCCCGCCCGGUUCGGCUUAUCAGUCCACCGUCUCGACGCCUCACCCCACGGGCGGCGACGGCGACGGCUUCUACUUUGGUGGUCAGCAGCAGGGCAACCAUCCGCAGUCGUUCCGUCAGCAGCAGCAGCAGGCGCCGCCGCAGCAACAGCAGUUCAUGUACAAUGGGAACAACACACCUUUCCCAACCACGAGCGGGCCAUCCGAGGGAGUGUCGCAAUUCAGCACCACCGCACCCAGCUCGUUCGGUGGCCACAUUGAUCCGACCCAGGUGUUCCACGCGGAUCACUCCAUGACUUCGCCCGGCGUGGGCUUGCCGCAGGAUAACAUGUUUUCGUUUGGUGCCGACUCGGACGACGAGGACAACAAUGCAUUUGCCGACCGUAAUCUGAGCAUGCACCACGAGUUCAGCAGCUCUGUGGACGAAGCGAACGCAAUGGGCUGGGAUGCAUCGUUACCCGGGCAGUUUAGCACGCAGGCGGCGAGGUUCCCGGGCGGGCCCCCGCGAAAGCAGGUCAUGAUUGGUGGCACUACGACGGACUAUGUCGAGACCAAUAAUGGAGAGUGGCAGGGAGAAGGACUGGGGCGGUCUCAAUCGUUCAGAUCUGGGGGAGGGGAUAAGAGGGGACAGAGGAUUCCGCGAAAUGCGUCGACACCGCACAUGGCAGGUCAGCCCAAUGGGUUUGAGCAUCUGGCGCAGUCGCUGCCGACAUCGCCGGCCGACGCACCUGGCACUAUAUCUGGCUUUUCAUCGGUGGCCCCGAGCCGACCUUCGUCGCCUCCACUGUCGAAACCAGGCUCGAGUACAAACUUGGCGGGAGGUAAUCAGUCCGAGAGCAGUGGGCCCACGACGUGCACAAACUGCUUCACGCAGACCACUCCAUUGUGGAGGCGGAACCCCGAGGGUCAGCCACUGUGCAAUGCGUGCGGCCUCUUCCUCAAGCUGCACGGCGUCGUUCGUCCCCUCAGCUUGAAGACGGACGUGAUCAAGAAGCGGAACCGUGGAUCAGGCGCCAACGUGCCCGCCAGUGGAUCGACAGGCCGCAUCAAGAAGAGUGCUUCAACGGCGGCCUCGCGCAAGAACUCGAGUUUGUCCCUCGCAGCCAGCGCGGCCAAGGAGGUCAAGGCCAACACCGUGACGCCGCCCUCGCACCCGCCCGCCGCGACACCUCCGUCCACCAACCGAGCGGGCAGCACCAACGAGGGCGAAAGCCCGGCGUCGACGGCCAACACACCGGGCACAGCGACGUCCUCGUCGUCCACCAACGCCCUGAUGGGUGGGAAAGGGGUUGUGCCUAUCGCUGCCGCGCCACCCAAGGCCACACCCGGACCCGGUGCCUCGGCCAUUACCCUCGUGCCCAGGCCAUCGACCUCGAAGCGUCAACGCAGGCAUAGCAAGAGCGGCAACGGCGAUGUCGAGAUUGACUCGCCCAACACGUCGACCGGCUCCCCCAACGAGAUGACCCGCAUCCCACCGACGCAGAUGCCCAUCAUGCCCGGUGGGAUGAUGCCCAACAGUUUCCACCAGCACCAGCACCCGCGACCGAUGAUGGGGAGCAGCAGUAAUAUGAUUCAUAUGGGUGGCAACCCGCAGAAGCCGUCGUCCAUGGGCGGCGCGGGCAGCGCGUCCGGACCGCAGGAGUGGGAGUGGUUGACGAUGAGUUUGUGAGGGGGGCCGCCUGGGGCUAUGGGCAUCGGUAAGGGGGGGAGAGGCACUGUGGACUGACGACGACGAUGACGACGAAUUAUACCUCUUGCACGAUGACUUUUUUCACUUAUCUUUUGGACACUGGGAUGGAUCAGCGUUUAGAUUUCUUGGGCGGUGUUUUGUCUGUUCGCGAACGGCGUUUCGAUCUAGAUACCUGUCACACUUACCUACCUAGUACCUAUCGAAUAUCAAAUGCCAGGACUGGAAAUAUUAGGACUGAAGCUGAAGU